CGUUAUUUAGAGUAGCAAUAAUUAAAUGGUUUCCAGACUUGUCCAUUAUUUCUUCAUAAGUUUAUUCCUGCUUCAAUGGAGUCCCUUUACCGGUGGAUCAGAUUACAAUCCUUUUGAUGACUCCAUCAAAUUCGAAGUGACAUGGCCAGGAUGUAAUAAUGAUUUCUCAGAAAAGAAGUUAUUGGAGGAAGAUGAAGCCUCAGCUAGUGGACAGGAGCUAUUGACUACUUUUGACAAUGAGCAGUACAAGUGUACAAUACCUACUCAAUUACUAUCAGAUAAAGAGGAAAAUGAAAUUAGCAGUGAUGCCCUACUCCCUCACGUAUUGCUAGAGCCGAUCCUCCUCUCUGAUGACUGUGUGAUCUUGGUUGAUGGCUAUUGGUCCUAUGAGAUGUGUUAUGGUAAGCAGCUCCGCCAGUUUCAUGAAGAAAGGAACCAGGAAGAACUUAAAGUAGUGGAGUAUAAUUUAGGUAAAUUCAAUAAAUUAGAAGCAGCAGCUCCUCCCAACCCUCCGCCCACCUGGCCCUACCUCAACAUUGAUUAUCCUUAUUAUGAGGUAUCUUUAUCUGAUGGUUCUCCUUGUGACAUUAAAGAUGACAUGGGCAGGACUACUAAAGUGAUGAUAAUCUGUGACCCGGAGCACAGGACAGCUUCAUCACUUGUGAUGGUAAAGGAAACCAGUACUUGUCAAUAUGAAGCUGUCAUUGCCACUAAAUCAUUGUGCAAGAAUAAAGCUUACAGGGUGAAAGAUGAACCAGUUCAUUCCAUACAAUGUCUUCCGGUCAAAGACUCACCCAGUAAGCCGUUACGUUUAGUUCAACACGAGUCCUCAAUGAAAGAUAUAUCAUUUAGUAAAGAUACUCCUUCAUUGUUUAGACCACAGUCAAAUACAGACAUGUCUCCUGCCCAAGGUGCAGGUGCCAUCAACAGUGACAGUCAGUUUGAUAGAAGCCAGCUACCGCUAGACAGCACUUUCGUUGCCAACUUUCUAAGUGGAUCCACCUGCAUAUUAGGGAGCUUCAGCUCAUGGUGGCAGUAUGAGUUAUGCUUUAAAGGUUACGUGAGACAAUUCCACAAAGAAGGUGGUAUCAUUAGACAGACCAUUACUCUUGGUACAUGGAGUGAAGAGGCUCACCGCCAGUGGUUCUCAAAGAUGGGAAAAGGGAAGCAGUCGGCAAAUCACGUCACUCAUCUUUAUGUGAGCGGGGACGUGUGUGACCUCACUGGUCAGCCAAGACAAGCUAGAGUGAAGUUCAGGUGUGCCAGCAAGAAGUCUGGCUCCCGCAAUCAAGUCUCAAUAUCACUAGAGGAGCCAUCUCCUUGUAAUUAUUUGCUUACGGUUGAUGCAGGUUUCAUAUGUGGCCUCCUACAGUCAACAGACAAACACGGGAUGUUCUUACAUGAUGCAAACUCUUCGUCCUAAACUGAGUGGACUCUGUCCUUCAUACUCUCUCUCUCACAGCUUUGAUUAUCUAUUUAUUGUUAUUAUUAUUUUAAGCCUGUUAUUUUGAAUGUUUAGAUACAUUGCAAUGAACUUCGUAGCUCUACGUGACCGAACCAUUGAUGGCCUGCCAGGACCUGCAAGUGCUAAAAUGGUACCAGGCUGCAUGGUAGUGUGUUUUUAUGUGUCCAGGGGUGAUAUUAGCCCCUUUUUAAAAAUGUCCUGCUCUAAAUGAGGAUAAAGGAUGUGGUUUGUCAGGCGACCUGCAUUUCUAAUUAUUUUGUUUGCCCAGGCUUGACUGCCAUGGAUUCAGUGGCAGGAAGAAAGGAGCUGACUGGCCUGCUGCAUUGAAAUGGCCUCCUCGCGCGUGAGUAUAAAAGAACACGCAGACUUUGGUGUGGUCUUCGUCAAAGAACUCUAAUAGGCCCACAGCUAGAGCAGAAUGCAUCUCCUAUUCGCUGCAGUUACUCUCGCUUCAUUUCUUCUCGGUAUUAUUGAAGCUGAAGUGUCGCCGGAUCCUUACUCUGUAAAGGUGGAUUAUGGGGCCUUGUUGAACUCUGGGGUACCAAAGAAAGAUUUGUGUGACUACUAUGCAGUCAAAGAUAAAAACUGUAUUAAAUCAAGCAGCUUAACAGCCAUUCCAGGCUGCAGUAAUGUCUCAAAUGCUACUGAUCUUGUUCUUGAUACAUUUAGUUGCUGCAGAGUGUGUCCAAAGCAACCACGAGGCAUAUGUGGAGGUUGGCUCUACAAACAUGGACGUUGUGAAAAUGGACAUGAAUGUUUACAUGAAAUAUUGAGCAGAAGUGAUUUCAUUAGAAAAAUGGGACCUGAUGGACAACAAGAUGCUCCUACUGGAAAAUGCAUACCUGCUGAUGCAAGGCUUGCCUGUAGAGAAAAGAACUGUUGUGAACGCACAAUGUCCAGCAAGACACUAACUUGUGGCAGUGAUGGUCACUGGUAUCCCAACAAGUGUUUCUUAUACAAAGCUAAUUGUUUCCGGAAUAUUUCAACUCCUGAGAUUACUAGGAUAAAGAAAAAUACUACUGGUGUCUGUGGGCCUCCACCAACUGCAGAAGAGUUGUGUCCAACUCGAACUAUUGCUGCAUGUCUUACAUUUUUUAAUGAGAAUAGUCCUCCUAUAAAGCUGUACUAUGACACUAAAACUGACAAACCUGCUUGUGUUACCCGUUCUACCAAUCCUGAUACUGCUGCAGCUGUAAAGUCACCUUCAACUUCUCCUGCUCCUCCAGAAGGAGCUUAAGAUUGAAGACCAGAUGAUACUAGUACAGUAGCUCCCCUCCAGUCUAUCUACCACCUAUGCUCUGAAACUAUACUCACACACACUAUAAAUUAUAAUCAUCAUCAAUCAUCCCAUUAUUAUUAUAAUAUUAUGUGUUUAGUUUUUGAGUUUCUGUAUUUUUUCUGCCUUUUUCUCUCCCUCUUGUUUUUAACUAUCUAUCACCACUCACACACAAGAUAUGAAUCUACUACCCUUUUGUGUGGAAUGUGUUUUUAAAAAAGUUUUUCAUUUCUGUUUGGCAAGAGACCAUAAUUUUUAA